GGUCGCUGUCUCGAUAAAAACAAUCCCCCAACUUUUAUCUGCCUUUUAGAUAUUUCUUUUCUUUUAUUUGUAGCAAAUUUCAGUUUCGGUUACAUUUCAUGCCCACCCCUUUUUCUACUUUUAAGUAUAAACGUGUCUUCCCUUGGUCAAAGUCCUUUCUAAAAGGCUUGAACCUGAUCAAUUGUUUAGCCAAAGAAAAAAAAUGUUAUUUUGAUCUGGGUAUUUCAGAUUCUGAUUCUUUAAGGAGUAUCUGGAUUUGGGUUUUGCAGAUUUUGUUUCAUCCUAAUAAUUUUGGAAAUGGGUUUUUUUUAUUGAGAUAAUUCUAUUUAUUUGAGGCUGUGGAGAUUUUGGAUAUUGCAGAUGUUUAUUUGAUGGGAAUUUGGCCUUGAGGGGCUUUUGUCAUACUCCAUUUUUGAAAUUGAGGGGCUUUUUAGGCCUUGAGAACAAACCUGUUUUCAAAAAGCUUGGCUUUGGUCAUCAAUGAGAUUUUUAAACCUUGUGGGAAACUCCUUUGGAUGUUCUGCAUCUGGGGAACGCCUAGUUUCGGCGGCAAGAGAUGGUGAUCUUCAAGAAGCCAAGGCUUUAUUGGAAUACAAUCCAAGGCUUGCAAGGUAUUCAACUUUUGGAGUUCGCAAUUCGCCUCUCCAUUACUCUUCCGCUCAGGGGCACCAUGAGAUGGUUUCACUCUUGCUUGAGUCUGGAGUAGAUAUUAAUCUCAGGAACUAUCGGGGUCAGACUGCUUUGAUGCAAGCUUGUCAAUAUGGCCACUGGGAGGUUGUUCAGACUCUGAUUCUUUUUGGGGCCAUUAUUCACAGAGCAGAUUAUCUUAAUGGGGGUACUGCACUCCACUUGGCUGCCUUGAAUGGUCAUUCCCGUUGCAUAAGGCUCCUUCUUGCGGAUUAUAUUCCUAGCAUCCCCAAUUGUUGGAAUAUAUUAAGGAAGAAAUCAAAAAAUAAAGAAUCUACUUCGGAAUUCGAUGAGAGUGCUCUCCAUGAGGUCAUCAAUAGACCUGCCGAUGGAGGCGUCACGGCUCUUCAUAUGGCAGCAUUGAAUGGCAAUGUUGAAAGUGUUCAAUUGCUCUUGGAUUUGGGAGCUUCCGUUACAGAGGUCACUAUGGAAGAUGGGACGACAAUUGAUUUAAUAGGUGCAGGGAGCACUGCUCUUCACUAUGCUGCUUGUGGUGGAAAUGCAAGAUGUUGUCAGAUUUUGAUAGCCAUGGGUGCCAGUGUUACUGCUACAAAUGCAAAUGGGUGGACAUCCUUAAUGGUUGCCCGUUCAUGGCGUAAAAAUUGGCUUGAGGAAAUCCUUAGCACUCAGCCAGAAGGCCAGUCAGAAGUUCUUCCUUCACCAUUUCUAUCUCUUCCCCUUAUGAGCAUUGUUAAAAUUGCUAGAGAAUGUGGAUGGAGGACUGGUGAUUCCUUAUCCUCAUGCCAAUAUCCAUGUGCUGUGUGUCUGGAGAGGAAGUGCACAGUAGCUGCAGAAGGUUGUGAUCACGAGUUCUGUACACAAUGUGCCUUGUACCUCUGUUCUACAAAUAAUACCUCAAAUGUUGUUCAUGGUCCAACUGGCUCUAUUGCAUGUCCUCUUUGCCGGCAUGGGAUAGUAUCAUUUGCCAAGCUCCCAGGAACAAAAGCAAAAGUUAAGGCAGUAGCAAGAACAAGUUUGUCCCUAUCUUUCUGCACGUGUUCUAGUGAGAUACCAGAGUCAACUUCAAUGACAGCCCCUCUUUGCAAACCUGCGGUCUAUUGCGCUCGAAAUUCUACCAUGGGAUCUUCUUUCCGCAGCAUAAGCUGCCAGAGGUUUCCAUCAAUGAGAAUCCACUCUAGCCUUUGCAUGGGAGCUCCAGAUACUAGUCCCUCUUUAGUUCCCUGCCCUGCUGACCGGAAUUUGCGAAAUCACUUGGUUAGGUGCUCAAGAUGGAGCUUACGACGAUCAGCUUACGAGGGCCGAAGAUCAUGGUUUUCAGCACUUAAUCAAUGUGUUACUACAGACAGUGGUUGCUGAUAAUUUUGUUUUCUUUUUUUUUCUUUUUUUGUCCAGCCAUUCAUUUUCUAUCACAUAUCUGAUAUCAUGGAUUUUUCUUCAUUUAAUUGUGUCCAUAUUUUUUUUAUUGAAAUAUCUUGUUGAUAAUGAUUCCUGGUUGUGUAAAAGCCAAAAGACGUCUUUUACCAAUUAUUAUUAUAAAAUAAAUUAGGAAUUAUAAGAAAUAUUAAAGUAGAGUGACUUUGGAUUUUUUGUUUAGUUCACAUUGAAAUUGUAUCUUCCUCUAAUUAAUUAUAUGGUCAAGUUAAUUAUGGUGAUUGAUUUCAUAAAAGAAGUUGUGAUAGUUGAUUCAAUUGUGUCGAUUAGACAUUAAAUGUAAUAAACUUGACAAUAAUUUGUCAAUUAUUGAAUCAAUUAUCAUAAUUUAACAAUUAAUUGGCUUAAUAGAAAAAUAAUUAAUAUAU